AUGGACGCAUCUGACGCUGCCGCUGGAAUCUUUCUCCUCCUCUUCGGAAUCGUUGGAUGUGCUUUAUACGGUCUAAUCGUUUGCUCAAUGUGGAGAAUGGUCAACGAGAUUGUCGGUUUUCGGUUCCUUAUCUCGCAAGCUCUCACGGAUAUUCUUCUAAUGAUACAAUUUGGAAUCUGGCCAGGAAUUGUUAUAUUGACCCAAAAUGAGAUAAUAAGUGAAUCGUGGCGAUGGAAUAUGCAUAUUUAUCUUGAUUUCACGUGGUGGGCAAUGGUUUAUCAUUACACUGUAAUUGCAUGGUCACGUCUUGCUGCUGUUCAAUGGCCCAAUUGGUUCCGUACUCUACCUCAUGGGAAGAGUACAACGAUCUGUGCAAUUCCAUGGUUCACUGGUUUAUUGCAGAGCCUAGUUGAGCAUCAAUUCGAUUGGUUCACACCUCUUUACUAUUCUCCAACUCGCUACGGAAUGCAUUCCAAUUGGGAGAAAUAUGAAGUUUCUGGAACAAACACCUAUUACAUGGUUUGCAACGUCAUCCUCAUGGUUGUCCCCUUCCCUCUUUACGUUCUCGCUUUGGCUGUUCUCUUCCAGAGACAAACUUCGAGAAAUCUUCAACUUCGAUCGAAAUACUCCCACGCACCACUAUCCACAUCUUCAUAUGCUGCUCAACAACGGCAAUUAAGUAUUGAAACUCGUCUUCUGGUUCCUUGUAUCAUCAACACGAUUCUGUUUGUCGUCGGACAAGUUUUUAUUUCUCAAUGUUCUAAACAUGGAAAAUGGAUGAAUUGGGCUGUAAUGGUUGUGUUCGCAACCAAUUCAUUCGUCAAUCCACUUCUUUAUCUGUUCUUCAGUAGUGUAAUCCGAAAAGGAGUACUCAGCAAUUGCCGGAAAAACUUCUCACUUUCUGCAAUAUACAAUGAUUAUGAAAUGAGAUCUUCUCCAAGAACAUCGAGCAUCGUAAUGAGGUUGAAUCAUCGGGAUUCAACGAUCACUUCCAACUUGAACUGUCGGAUAAACUCGAUAAACUCAUAG